UGCAAAGGAAACGCGUGAACGGAGAAGUGUAGACGAAAGUUUCAAGAUGUUAGACUUUUUCACGAUUUUCAGCAAAGGUGGAAUUGUUUUGUGGUGUUUUCAGGGAACAUCUCAGUUUUUUACACCAUCUGUCAACGCCCUGAUAAAAAGUGUGAUUUUACAGCAACGAACUGGAAGCAAUCAGUUCAACCAUGAUCAGCUGACUCUCAAGUACAAGCUUGACAAUGAGUUUGAGCUGGUGUUUGUGGUGGCGUACCAGAAAAUCCUGCAGCUGUCGUACAUCGACAAGUUCCUGGACGACAUUCAGCUGGAGUUCCGCAACAAGUACAAGGAUGAACUGCUUCGGGGCAACAUGUCCCACAGCUACAACUUCUCCGACGAAUUCAACCUCAUCCUCCGAGUUAAGGAACAGGAGAGCAAGGCGAAAGCUCUCAAACCCCGGGAAAUGAGGACCUUUGAAAAGUCUGACAAAUCUAAAAAGACUGUGGCAUCUAUGAUUGAAAACAAGAAGGAUGAGAAGAAGCCUGCCAAGGGGAAAGAAAACAAGCCAGUCAAAGCCAAGGCUAAGGCUCAGCCCGCCCCAGAGCCUGUAGUGGAGGUAGCACCCCAGGAGGCUGAGAAGUUCACAAAUGGUGAAGUUGACGAGGAAACUCUCAGGAGGAACAGGGAGAAGCUAUUCAACCGAGGCAAGAAGAAGCCGGUUGUUGAGACUAAGAGUCCCGAAUCUCAGAAGAAGAAGGGCAAGGCGAAGCGUGUGUGGGAAAACGCUGGGACAUCCCGGGACAUGGACUCGCUCAACUUCAGCACCGCAGGCGGCAAGGAGGAAGAAAUGAAUGGCGAGACCAUGACAACUGAGGCUGAGAGAAGCCAGGUGGGUCAGCUAGCUGGGGAACUACGGGAUAUCGAGCCGGAGAGUAGUGAGGAAGAGGAGGAAGAAGAUGAAUCAGAGGAAGAAGUAACUCUGGCUGCGUCCAAGAGCCAGGCCAAGUCUGGCGGCGGAGGCGGCGGCUACAGCAUGUUCUCCAUGUUCAAGAACCUUGUUGGAUCGAAAACUCUGACGAAAGAAGAUGCCAAGGCUGCCCUGGAGAAGAUGAAGGACCAUCUGAUAGGGAAGAAUGUGGCUGCCGAUAUAUCUGUGAAGUUGUGUGAGGACGUGGCUGCAAAACUAGAGGGGAAAGUGCUGGGAACUUUCGAAGGUGUGAACUCCACUGUGAAGAAUGCCCUCCAGGAAUCCUGUGUCCAGAUUCUGUCUCCACGGCGACGAGUUGACAUCCUCCGUGAUGCUAUGGACUGCAAACAGAAGAAGCGACCUUACUGCAUCACUUUCUGUGGUGUGAAUGGAGUCGGGAAGUCCACCAAUCUGGCCAAGGUGUGUUUCUGGCUAGUAGAGAAUGGAUUCCGGGUCCUGAUUGCUGCCUGCGACACAUUCCGUGCAGGUGCAGUGGAGCAGCUCCGCACUCACACACGGAAGUUGAACGCUCUCCAUCCUCCAGAGCAGCACAGCGGCCAACAGAUGGUUCAACUGUACGAGAAGGGAUAUGGCAAAGAUGCGGCUGGCAUUGCUAUGGAGGCCAUAAACCAUGCCCGUGACAGCCGUAUUGACGUGGUGCUGGUUGACACCGCAGGCAGGAUGCAGGACAAUGAGCCUCUCAUGAGGGCUCUAGCAAAGCUAAUCAAAGUGAACCAGCCGGAUCUGGUUCUGUUCGUGGGCGAGGCCCUGGUUGGGAAUGAGGCUGUGGAUCAGCUGACCAAGUUCAACCAGGCCCUGGCCGACCACUCCAACAUGACCAACCCAAGACUCAUCGACGGUAUCAUCCUCACCAAGUUUGAUACCAUUGAUGACAAGGUUGGUGCUGCAAUAUCUAUGACCUAUACGACAGGUCAGCCAAUUGUAUUCGUGGGCACGGGUCAGACUUACACUGACCUUCGCAACCUCAACGCCAAGGCCGUGGUUCACGCUCUCCUCAAGUAACAACGCGAGGCUGCACCAUGUUAAAUCCUGUUUUAACUGUUUUCUUUUCAGUAGCUUUUGACGCAGGCUCAUGUGCAUUGUUUUAUAUUCUUGUUGAAAUAUAAGGUUGUUAGAUGAUAGUUGCAAGUAACAAAAUUGAAU